AUGUGGGUGAAAUCUUGCAUUUUCCUGUCCUUCGUGGCAAUCGCCGCUUAUGGCCAAGCGCAUUUGAAGUAUACAAAGGAAAUGAACGAUCCGGAGUACGUCGAACAACAUGUUAAAGGUCAGGGACACGGACACGCUCAUGGAGGACAUGGACAUGCUCAUGAUGCCGACGGAGGAUGCCCAUAUGCUAAAGCUGCUGCCGCUGAAGCCGCCGCCGCUGCUGCUCACGGACAUGCUCACGACCACGGACAUGCUCACGACCAUGGACACGCUCACGACCAUCAUGGACACUCCCAUGAUGAAGAAGAUGUUCACGACCACGACCACGGACACGCCCACGAGCAUCACGGACACUCUCAUGGAGACUCUCACGGAGACCAUGGACACACUCACGGAGCCAAGACCGCGAAGCAAGUAUCCUCCGAGUACAAAUACACUGGAGCUCUUUCCUUCCUCAACGACGCCAAGACCCGACUCUGGGUAUAUGGAAUCUCUGCGACACUUCUCAUCUCCGCUGCUCCAUGCUUCAUCCUCAUGUUCAUCCCAAUUCAAGCCAACACUUCGGAGUCUGGACCACUUCUCAAGGUUCUGUUGGCUUUUGGAUCCGGAGGACUUCUUGGAGACGCAUUCCUUCAUUUGAUUCCACACGCAACGCCGGCUGGAGAUGGACACGGACACUCGCAUUCUCAUGGACACUCUCAUGGAGGAGCUGGAGGGCACUCCCAUGGAGCUCAUGAUAUGAGUGUUGGUGGAUGGGUUCUUGCAGGAAUAAUUGCCUUCUUGACUGUCGAGAAGCUCGUCCGUAUUUUGAGAGGAGGAGAAGGACACGGACACUCCCAUGGAAGCCACGGACACUCUCAUAGUGAUGAUAAGAAAGAGACAAAGAAUAAGGAUUCCAAAGAUAAGGACUCCAAAGAUAAGGACUCCAAAAAGGAGAAAACGGUUGAAAAAACAGGAAAGGACGAGCAAACCAUCAAAGUCACUGCCUACCUCAACCUCGCUGCUGACUUCGCCCACAACUUCACUGACGGACUCGCUAUCGGAGCCUCAUUCAUCGCUGGAACCACUGUUGGAGUCGUCACAAUGGUCACCGUUCUUGUCCAUGAAGUCCCACACGAGAUUGGAGAUUUCGCGAUUCUCAUUCAAUCCGGAUACUCUAAAAAGAAGGCUAUGCUCAUCCAACUCGUCACCGCUUUGGGUGCCCUCUCUGGAUGCGUCAUCUCCCUCCUCGCUUCUGACGCUGAUGCUCUUGCCGACGCCGCUGCAAGCUCCUGGGUACUUCCAUUCACUGCCGGAGGAUUCAUCUACAUUGCGACCGUUUCUGUUAUCCCAGAACUUUUGGAGAACAGCUCCUUCUUCCAAACCGUCAAGGAGAUUUUCGCUCUUCUCACUGGAAUCUUCCUUAUGUAUCUCAUUGCUAUUUAUGAGUAA